UACAUACAUCCCAUACGCGUUCCCCGUGGACCAGACCUCAACCGACCCUCUUAUAAAUCCGCCUUCCAUUGCUACUCUUCAAACGAUCUUUCUAGCAAAUCUCUACGUCGGUCACAUAAUUAAUUGAUUUUUUUUGUUCAUUCUGAUUAUCGCCAAUGGGUGAGAAAGUUCAGGGAGAGAAGAAUGAGGGUGAGAAGAAGGCCGCCGACAAGAAAGACGAUGGCAAAGCCACCGCCGUUUUCAAGAUGGAAAUGCAUUGCGAGGGCUGCGCCAAGAAAAUCAGAAGAGCCGUUCGUGGUCUAGAUGGUGUUGAAGAUGUGAAGACAGAUUGUGCGGCAAACAAAUUGACGGUAACGGGGAAAGCGGACCCCGCGGCCAUCAAGGAGAGGCUGGAGGAGAAAACGAAGAAGAAGGUGGAGCUCGUCUCUCCGCAGCCAAAGAAAGAUGGCGGUGGGGAGAAGAAGCCGGAGGAGAAAUCGGAGAAAAAGGAAGAGAAGAAGGAAGAGAAGAAGAAGGAAGACGACAAGAAACCCAAAGAGAGUUCUCUGGUGCUGAAGAUCAGACUGCAUUGUGAAGGUUGCAUCCAGAAAAUAAAGAAGAUCAUACUGAAGUUCGACGGAGUUGAGAAGGUGGUGGUAGAUGCGAUGAAGGAUCUGGUGACGGUGAAGGGCACCAUGGACGUGAAGGAAUUGGUUCCCUAUCUCAAGCAGAAGCUGAAAGGGAACGUCGAGGUCGUCCCGCCCAAGAAAGACGAAGGCGGAGAUAAGAAAGCAAAAGAAGCCGGCGGAGGUGGCGACAAGAAAGAGAAAGAAGCUGGAGGAGGAGGCGGCGACGGUGGAAAGAAAGAGGAAGGUGGUGGGACAAAGGUGGAGGUGAGCAAGAUGGAGUACCAUGGAUACCCAUACGGAGCUCCCAUGCACCACUGGCAAGAGGGACAAUCGUCGUCGUACGCUCAGAGUUACCCGAUGAUGGACGUUCAACAUCAUCAGCAAGGAUAUGGGCUUGUAAAUCAUGCGUAUGCGAACCAAGGAUAUGCGAAUCCAGGAUACGUAGAUCAUCCAGGAUAUGUAGUGCCGGCGAACCACCCGAUGCAUGCGCCGCAGAUGUUCAGCGACGAGAAUCCCAAUGCUUGUUCCGUCAUGUGAGUGAGAUAGCAAUCGAGAUUCGAAACCCAGAUCCCCCAAAACUCCAAAAGCCAAAACCCGUAGACGAAGUCGGAGUAUAUACUGUAUACUGAGACAAGAAAAGUAAAAAAGAAAAUAUUAAGGAAUUUUAAUUAGCUUAAUGGAUGGGUAUGGUAGCCGGUUCGUUUGGUUUGUUGGGUUGUUGGUUGUUCUUUAGUCAUUUUCAUCGUCUAAAUUUUGUACUAAUUUUUUAGAGUCGAAUGUAAUAAAAAGUAUACAAUAUAUUAUGAUGCUCAACCAGUAAUGUCAAAUAUACGUGGAGUUGAAUGUUUGAUUA